GUGAUGCACCAAAUCACUGGUUGCCAACCGCCAACAAAGAAGAAGACGAAGAAGAAGACGAAGCUCCACAGUCAGUAUGCUAGCAAACAACAGAGAAGUGAAGCAGCGCUGCUUUUAGAUUUAGGCACCGUCACAAAAACUGGCAAAAAAUAUGUUUCUUACUUUUAUCUGAUAUUUGUUUGGUUAACUAAACACUGUAUGGUGCAGCAGUGGUGUGUCUCGAGGAGCUAGCCUCGCAGCUAACCUGCCAACAGACUAGUUUAUACUGUUAGCCGGUCAGCUAAAGUUGCAGUGGGGCAGCUGGUCUCUGCUAGUUAGCAUCCAUGAAGAAACCCAACCCCGGCUUAACUGCUGUAAACAAGACUGACCAGCUUGUCUUGAGUUAAGCUGAAGAACGAAUACAACAGAAUGACAGAGGAUGCAGUCUUGCUGGAUGUUCCUGUCAUUCGGCAGCUGUACCACUGGGACUGUGGGUUAGCCUGCUCCAGGAUGGUGCUGAAGUACCUCCAUCCAGUCAGCGAUGAGGAGUUUCAGAGAGCAUGCUGGGAGCUCAAGCUGACGGAGAGUGUGUGGACUAUUGACCUGGCUUACCUCAUGUGCCAUCUAGGAAUCAAACACUGCUUUUGCACGCAGACUCUGGGAGUCGAUAAGGGCUUUAGGAAUCAGACCUUCUAUAAGAAACACUUUGACACAGAAGAAGACCGAGUGAAUGAGCUCUUUCUUAAUGCAGAGAGCAAAGGUGUGGAAGUGAAGAAAUGCUCUGUGACGAUUCAGGAAAUCCAGUCUCAUCUGGAGCAGGGCCACGUGGCCAUAGUGCUGGUCAACGCUGUCGUGUUGACCUGUGAACUCUGCUCCUCGCCUGUCAAGUACUGCUGCUUCCUGCCUGUGGGCCAGAAGUGUUUCUGCAGGAAGCCGGAGUACCAGGGUCACUUUGUGGUCGUGUGCGGCUUCAACAGGACCACCGGCUGCGUUUUCUACAACAACCCUGCGUAUUCUGACCGCGUGUGCUGCACCAGCGUCAGCACCUUCGAGGAGGCUCGGCGGAGCUACGGGACCGAUGAGGACAUCCUGUUGAUCUUCAAGGAGAGUUGAUGGACAGUGAUGAUGUCACUCUUCCGCAGCUCAUCACCGUGGCGACCUGGUGCCGCAGAUCGACAGUCUCGGACUCGCGGCUCCCGUUGUCCGUCGUCGAUCGCCUGGAGCCAUCUUCUCCGGUGCUCAGAAGCCCGACCGCUCGCUGCUGCAGAUUCACCGCUCUGUCAACACGACUCGACCCCUGAAGGAUUAAACGCUGGGAUUAUAAUAAUCUAUAUUGAAUUUAUUUUUUUAUCCUCUUUGCUGAGCUGAUAGUCCAAAUUCAUUUUAUUGCGUCUUUGUGGAAUUUUAAUGACUGAUAUUGGGACUAUUCAAACUGCAGUAGAUGAGACGUAGGAUUCAUGACUGAAUAGGAAGAUUACCUGGAAAUAGUGUGCACAUAAUCCAGCGCAGAUGAAGGUUAUCCAAUAAACCCCGCCCCUUCCGGUGGACCACCAUGGAGCUUAUUUUGGAAAGAUUACGUACGGUAGUCAACGGCGAGUAAAUAUAUGAUCGUGUUUGAAUUGUGCCAGUAAGUAUACGCAAGAAGUUUGACAAUUCAAAAGAUAAUUUUGCAAGUCGAGAAAGUAAGUUUGUCGUAAAGUUGUAGUUUAAGACUGAAAAACGUAAGAAAGACUACAAACAAGCCCGAAAGUGACGUCAUAACUUUCUCUCUGCUUUCGUUCUUGGGAUUUACUCACACGAGUAUCGUCGUGCUCUUUCGAUAAAACACGUCAAGUAAGACGACGCUACAUUUGUGCGUGGAACAUAGCUACUGAGCUAACGCUAGCUACGUGUUGGAGACGUAUGUUGUGCGAGACGAGAGAUGUAGUUUAAUGAGCGGUUUGUUACUACGUCAAACUGCGACUUUCUUUACUUUCUUGACCCGCACCUUAGUUUCAGCUGGAGACAAAGUUAUGACGAGACUUCUGCGCUUGCAGUCUUUCUUAUUACGUACUUUCAGUCUUAUACUUUGUAUUUACGACAAACUGUUCUUUACUUGCAAAAGUAUGUUAAAUGAACAAACGUGUGGAAUUCAUGGCACAAUUCAAACGGGAACAUGACGUCCCAUGGGGGACAGCGGGGAGGGGCGGGACUUGGCCUCAUUGUGUCCUGAAGAGGCUCCUCACCAGCAGCCACCAGCCUCACCUCCACCUGCCUUCUCCUCACUCACCUCGUUACUUUCUUCUACAUCAACAGGGAAACAGGAAGUCGUUGUGUUUUGAAGAGUCUCAGGUAAUUAAUGCCCUUAAGUGUGACAUCAGAGGACUGCUCAUCCAAUGCAACAGCUUGUUUGUCUACGGGACUCGACCUGCCUGCAGAAGCACGUGGACAGUGGGUUGACACUGAAACAUUCACUUCAAUGGGGGAAAAACAAACAGCAUCAUCUCUGCUUUGCUGUCGUGGCUACGUGGAACGAUGGAGUUUUGUUUUGAUCGUCUGGCAGAACAAACGUCAUUUUUUUACUCACGUUCUCUGUUUGGAAGUUGUGAAAACUUUCCUUUCUUUCACUCUGUUUUAUUUUUUAUUUUUGGUAUUAUGUAUAAGUUUUUGCACUACACUCUUUAAACCAGACAUAAUUAUGUGUUAUUUAAAUUAAACAUGAAAUUGCUUUUCUGACUCGAUGAAAGGGGAUUUCUUCCUGUUUGUGCUUUUUAAGAGUAAAGUAAAGUAAACGGCACGUCUUGAACCACAAACUUUAUUUUUUAUUAAACAUAGAGCUGCAUUUAUUAUAUGUUGUGUGAUUAAAGGACUUGCACAUAUGA